AUGAAUACAUCCGAAUUUUUAUACAAAUUUCGUUUCAUCGCUGAUUUUGCUGCUAUUGGAAUUUUAUGUUUUAUGGCAAUUAUGACACUUGUUGUUAUAUAUUUGACAAGUGAUAUUAUUAAUGAAAUUGAUGAAAUGAAAGAUGUUUUUAUGGAUAAAAAGGCUACUUUUGAGAUGUAUGCGAACGAUGCUGAAAAUCUAAUGUCGAACAAUCGCCACCUUGACGGAUUUUCUGAUAUAUUCGAUACUUUGAUAAGGAUACCUAGAAGAUCUUCAAAUUCCUGUGAUCAAUAAAUAUUAAUACA